UUUUUUUUUCAGUUUAUCUUUCUACCUCUCUCUCCCUGUGCUUCAGUUUCUCUCUUUUAGAUACAUUUAGGACAUUACUUUACUUUAACACUGUCUCAGGUGAUUUUUCUGUUUUCUUCAUGGGCACAAACUGAGAAUACACAACAGUUUUCCUCUGUUUUUGCUCCCAUCUUUAAUUUUUCUACUGCUAAAAUUGUAUCAUUUCUGUAAAGGGCAAAACUGAAAUCUUGGCUCUUAGUUGUUUACCUUUUGCCAUAACAUGUGGUCUACCUUUUUUGUGACGGAUGAGGAAGGCCGCACGGUGGGUCCGGGCGGCCCAGGAGCAGUGGCUGCUCCGGGAGCAGCACCUCAGGGUGCUGCAGCUCUGACCGGCCUCAUGACUGGACGAAGUACAUUUGGGGGGAACAAGCGCCGCAGGACGACAUCAACGGGACACGCCAUGAGCGAGGCACAGGAAGGGAAGAUCAAGUUGGCAUUCUUCGUGGCCAUCGUGGGCGUAGUCCUGACAGUCCUGGGGGUGGGGACAGAAUUCUGGGUGGAGCUGGCACCUCCUAAGAGUUUCUAUAACAACCAGACAUGUCUGGCAGCUCACUACGGCCUGUGGAAGGGCUGCACCAAGACCUUGUGGGUGGCUGAUAUCGACCCAGAGAGAGAGAGCUGCGGACCUGCUGAACUAAACGGAGAAUCAAACUGCACCUACUUCAAGUUUUUCACCACGGGGGAAAAUGCUGUGCUGUUUCAGAAGACAACGCAGAAGAAUCUGAAUAUAGCAGCAGCCAUGUUGGCUCUGUUCAGCUUGUUCCUGAUGGUGAUGGGGGCCAUAUGCAUCACCAUGUCUCUCAGUAAAGAGAUCCUGUUCUUCCUCAAGCCAGCGUCCGUCUGCUUUAUUCUGUCAGGUGUCCUGGUGCUUCUCUCUCUGCUGGUUUUCCACCAGUCCGUGCUGGCCUUCCUGGCCAGCGACCACACGGUUCCACUCCACCACGAGCUGUCCUGGUCGGUGUCGUGCAUCGGCUGUGCAGGGGCUGUCCUCAUCAUUGGUGGUGUCCUCUUCCUGCUGCUGGCGCUCCCCUACAGCCCCUGGCAGAGGUGUCUCCCUCAAAAGGACAACAGCAGCUAGUGGCCUGGAGGUGUUGUUGCACUUUAUCUGCCCUUUCUGUUUGGGAGGCGGAGGGAAGGUGCAGAGCAGCGCGGCUGUUUCCCGACAACGUCUUAGCAAAGAGAGAGUGUUUUCAGCAAACUUAAAGGAAUCACAAGUGUGUUUAUGGGAGAGUGAUGGGAAAUUCACUGGCAUGCACAGAUUACUAACCUUUCUGUGAUGCAAUAUCAUAAUAUUGUUGUCUAAUAUGAAAUUUCUUAAUCCUUUUGUAAUCAUUACUUCCCAGUGAGUCAUUCUGGAUCCCUGUGCCCACUGAUAUGCAACCCUACUGCCAGAAUAGAUUUUGACAUUUACAUUUCUGCAAACCACAGAUAGGGCCUAUGUUACACGUGCAUUAUUUUGUUGCAGAUAUGCAAAACUUUGUGUUAUACCAACACUGUGGAUAACUUAUAGUUAGGUCUUGGCACAAAAAGCAUUUGGUUAUGGUUUGAAAAAGAUCAUGAUUUGGUAAAAUCUUUUUGUUGUGAGUGUUAUUCCCAGUUGAAACAUAGUGAACGGUCAUUAAAAAAACAGUCAUGGCUUAAAUGCCGCUGGAGG